GUCAACAUUUGAGUGCGCGCGAUGGUUGUUGACUGUCCAACAUCAGUCAUCACCUUCACUUCCUCUCUUUCUAUACCAGGAGAAGAAGAAAAAAGAAGGAGAAGAAGAGAAAAAUCAAAAUGGGAACCCUAAACCCAAAUCCCCAAUCAAAUCAAUUACCCCCAGGUUACAAUCUUCUUCCAAUUCUCCAAUCAAAAACAAUUGGAUUCUAUCGAAUCACAGUUCUCAUACUAACAUUUUGUUCAUACGCUUCAUUUCAUGCUUCUCGUAAACCCCCAAGUAUUGUCAAAAGUGUUCUUACAAACCCUUUAAAUAAUUCCACAUCAAAUUCUGGUUCUGAUUCUAGUAAUGGUUGGGCACCGUUUAAUGAAGGAGGAGAACGUGGAACACACAGGUUAGGUGAAUUAGAUCUUGCAUUUCUAUCUACUUAUUCAAUUGGUAUGUAUUUUGCUGGACAUAUUGGUGAUCGGAUUGAUCUUCGUUAUUUUCUUACAUUUGGUAUGAUUUUUAGUGGGUUUUCAACUAUUUUCUUUGGGUUAGGGUAUUGGUGGAAUAUACAUAGUUUAGGUUUUUUCUUAAUUGUUCAGAUUGUUAGUGGUUUGUUUCAAUCAAUUGGAUGGCCUUGUGUUGUUUCUGUUGUUGGGAAUUGGUUUGGGAAAUCUAAAAGAGGAUUGAUUAUGGGUAUAUGGAAUUCGCAGAUGCCGAUUGGGAAUAUAUUAGGUUCUGUUUUAGCUUCGUCGGUGUUGGAAUUCGGAUGGGGUUGGUCUUUUGUUGUUCCUGGGGUGUUUAUUAUAUUGGUUGGGGGCUUGGUUUUCUUGUUUUUAGUGGUUAGUCCUGAAGUUGCAGGAUUUGAAUGUCCUGGUGAUGGAAUGGAGAUUGAAUUGAAUAAGUAUGAACAAAUUCAAAAUGAGAGAACAAGUAUUAGUAGUAGCAUUGUUUUGCAAGAAGAGAAUUCGGAGAAAGAAAAAGAAGUUCAAUGUGCUGAAGCAAAUGUGGAACUACAUAAAGUUGAUGAAGAAAAUGAGGCUGGUCUUCUCCAUGCUGAAUCUCAGUAUUCAGAUUCAGAUGGGGUUGUGGGUGCGGUUGGAUUUCUCGAGGCAUGGAGGUUACCUGGCGUCGCACCUUAUUCUUUUUGCCUCUUCUUCUCUAAGCUAGUGGCUUACACUUUCCUCUACUGGUUGCCUUUCUACAUAAACCAUACAUCUGUUGCUGGUGUCCAUUUAUCACAUAAAAUGGCUGGGAUACUUUCAACCAUCUUUGACUUGGGGGGAGUUGUAGGAGGAAUCUCGGCAGGCUAUAUUUCGGACAAAAUCGAGGCUCGUGCAGUAACUUCUGUAAUGUUCUUGCUAUUUUCAAUACCGGCGCUGAUCUUGUAUAGAAUUUAUGGGAGCAUCUCAAUGUCUACAAACAUAUGUCUAAUGUUUAUUUCGGGAUUGUUUGUGAAUGGUCCAUACUCUCUUAUAACAACUGCUGUUUCUGCUGAUUUGGGUACGCAGAGCAGCUCGAAUGGCAAAGGGAAUUCCCGAGCUUUAGCAACUGUGACUGCAAUUAUAGAUGGUACUGGUUCUGUUGGGGCAGCUCUGGGACCACUAUUGACUGGAUAUAUAUCAACUAGGGGAUGGAAUUCUGUCUUUGUGAUGCUCAUCCUGUCAAUUCUUCUUGCGGGUCUUUUUUUGUUUCAAUUAGCAAAAGCUGAGGUGAUCAGCAAAAUGAAUGAGAGAAAAUGGCUUUGGAACAGGAUCACAACUACUCAGUGAAGGAAACACAUGAUACUAAACUAGGAUUGCUCCUGGAGGAAAUUGCUUAGUUCAAGUCCAAAGAUGCUAAGCAAUACAGUAUUCAUUCUCUUCUAUAUUUGGUAUUCAGUGGAAACAAGGUGCAUAUUAUCUUCUUUGAGGGAUUGAAUCCCAUUCAAAACUUAGUUUUAGGACAUUGUUGUGGUUGACCAACUUCUUGUUGGGAUCUAAUUCCAUUCAUUCUGUCCAAUUUUUUAAGGGCUUCUAUAUCUGCAAUACCUAUACAACAGAGUGUAUAGUGAAUAGAUGAUAAUGCCAGUGCAUGUUGACUUUUUCAUAAUAUGCUUAUUUUCAUUGAGUUAGCUUGGAGACAGUAAUUUCCCAGACUCAAAAGGAUAGAUCCUUUUAUGUAAGUAUAUAUAAAAUAGAUGGAGCAGUACUUUAUC